CACAUGUCUGAGGAUGAGAGGAAGGACAUUAUAGGAAAAAUACAUUAAACAGACCAGAGCUAAAACAGUACAUACAAUACUGUAUAGUCAAACAUUAAAAAAACAAUACAUCAAAAGGUGACCUUGAGGAUCAGAUUUAAUAAUCUAGGAAGUUUUGUCUAAUUCUUUUCAAGUCCAAGAAGCAAAGACGUCACACACUUAAAAAACCUACACAUUUCAUUUUAACUGCAUCUUGGCAGCAGCAAAGUGUUGGAGCUGAACACACACACACACACACACACACAGACAGAUAUCUGUGUGUGUGUGUGUGUGUGUGUGUGUGAGAGAGAUGUUUCACUCAUUAACAAACUUAACCAACAAUAGCUUUGAUUGUCAGACAGUGAAUAAUGAAGUGAGUGAGAAUAAAGGAGGGGGAGCUCAGUAGAUUAAUCAUGCAUGCCUAGUUUUUCUGCUCACAUUUUAUACACAGUGUGUGUGUGUGUGGGUGUUCCGCUCAGUUAUGGGUUCUGGUGGAAGAUGGAUAUUUUGGACUGUGUGUGUUUGCUUCACCACUCUGGAGAACGUUGCUCUCAGAGUAACGAUGAGACAGAUCAGGGUGGAGGUUGUGCAGGGACACACUGUCAUCUUGCCCUGCUCCUUCUUCACCUCCAGCCCUCUCUCCAGACUCAACAUCAUCUGGACUCUGGCUCCUUUCUCCAGCCCAGAAAGUCCAAUACAGGUGAUCGUGUAUGACCAUGGACAGGUGAUUGAAGACCCGUCCCUCACUGGCAGGGUGGGUUUUACAGGUAUUCCCUGGAGUGCAGAUAUUGUCCUGAACGACACACGCGUGUCAGAUGCUGGUGUUUACCGCUGCAUGGUCAGUAACCCGCCAGAGACCGCAGACCCGGGUGUAGGAGAACUGCUGCUCAGUGUUCUCGCUCCGCCCUCACUGCCCGUGUGUCAGUGGGAUGGAGACGUUGAUGCAGGAGGAAGCGUCACACUGUCCUGCUCUGUGACAGAAGGAGUCCCCACUCCACAGAUCCACUGGGACAAACUGAAUCCACAGGAAAUCUCACUUCCUAUUAUCAUGGAGGGUGACGUGUCCGGCUCUGUCCACAUGAUCAAUGUGUCCUCUCAGACGUCAGGCCUGUAUCGCUGCUCUGUCUCUAACCUCCUGGGGACAGAGAACUGCUUUGUCCAUCUGUCCAUCUACAACACUCCGGACACUACCUCGGGCAUCCUGCAGGCGGUGCUGCUGACCUUGUCCAUGAGCCUGGUGCUGGUGGCGCUGCUGGUGCUCGGGACGUGGCUCCAUCGCACAGGUCAAGAUGGGAGGAGUGAGAGGAAAGACGAGGACGAGUUCAGAAACCCUCAGACUCUGAUGAAAUGCUCUUUUGUUUGAUUAGUCAAAGUCGACAGUGACAGACUGAAUGAGUCCCACUCACUGUGUACGGCUGCUUCACAACCUCAUAUUCACAAUUCUGAUAGUUGUGCUAUUUUGAUUACAAUGAAAACAUGUACAUUUGACCUGGAGAUGACUGUUAACCCUCCAUUUAAAGCCUUAAAUAAAAGUGAACUUAGAGUAUGUAAACACA